AUGGCGUCUCCGGAAUACCCUAAAACACCCGUCAAUAAACUCGGUCGUUUAGCAAACCGAGCUGCCUACGACUACGCCACCAUUCACACUCUCGUUAACACCUGUCCUAUUCUCCACGUCUCCUUUGUCGACCCCGAACACCCCUUUCCCGUUGUCCUACCCAUGAUAGGCUGCACUGGAAACUUUUCCUCGCCUUCCUCGGACCCAGCAAGCACACCUCAGGAUCUUUACAUUCAUGGCUACGUCUCCGGUCGUAUAUUCAAGAGCGGGAAGAACGCCGAUGGCCAGGGAUUACCCAUCACAGUCGCAGCCAGUUUUCUCGAUGGUCUCGUAUUGAGUCUGACGCCGUUCCAUAAUUCGUGCAACUACCGCUCUGCUGUUGUGUACGGGUAUGCGCAGUUGGUGGAAGACCAGGAAGAAGCCCUGUACGCUAUGAAGGCCAUUACGGAUAACAUGCUCCCCCAGCGUUGGGACAAGUCACGCACACCGCCCACACCUGCCGAGCUCAAGUCUACGUCUAUCUUGCGUAUUAGAAUUGAGAGUGCGAGUGCGAAGAUAAGAACGGGUGGGCCCAGUGAAGACAGGGCCGAUUUGAAGAACGCUGAGCUUGUGAAGAAGACUUGGACGGGUGUCGUGCCGUACUGGGGUACUUGGGGUGAGCCUGUGCCGGGUAAAGAGAAUGGAUGUGAGGAUGUGGAAAGCUAUAUCGAGGGCUGGAGGAUGAAGGAAACGGGACAGGCUCGAGGGUAUGCGUUUGAGGCCAUUGAUAUGGACGGGAAGAAGAAAUAA